AGCACCCGCUUUCUAUACAGAUACUAUACAGAACACUUGCUAUCGUGCUGAAUAAAUAUUCCAAUACAAUACCGAAAAAAAUACAGAUGUCUGUGACCACACCCCUGAAAUAAAUGUAUUAAAUGCUGAUCAGUCAUGUACAAGUUGGCGUUGACUAUGUAUCACAUUACAAAUAUUCAUCAUUACCAUGCUGCUCAUUUGUAACGUUGAAUUUCAUUGGGUAAUCGUGGCGUUAAUAUUUUUAUAUACACAGUUGCUUCAAGUGUAUGAUUUUUUUACUAUUUUGAUAUAAAAAGUUAUUUUACAAUAUCAAAACUUAGCGAAAUAGAAUUUUGAAAGAGUAUAUGGCGUAUAUCAGCAUUUGUUUGCUUUCCAACCUGCACCUCGUAACAUGCAUUGCUCCACCGUAUACAGCUUAAGACGGCUCACCUACACAAUAUGUGUUAAAAUCCGAGUAAAUAGCAGAUAAAAAAACACAAAGUAAUAUUUGCCAAAAUAUUUCACCAGGAAAAAUAUUUGAGACGUUAUUAAAAAUGUGUCAUUUAAAGCUGCAUGGAUAAAUUUCCUUAAAACAGAACGAGCUGAUAAUAAGUCUUAUUUGCAUAUACUAAAAUUCGUAUACGAACUUUAGUGUUACCAUGGAGUUUUUCCGUAAAAUCGUAAUUUAUUAACAAUUUUUGAUGAGAAUUACAACAAUACUGUUAAAAAGGUUCAUGAAACUGUAAAAUGCUUGGUUUUUAAUUAGACGCAAACUAUUUUUACAUAUUCAUUAAAUGCAGCUUUAAGAUAAACAUAGAAAAAAGCUUUAGAAAUCUACUAUUUCAUAAAUAUUACUAUCUCAUAACACAAUAUAUUAAUUUUAGCCAUGGGGACAUCAUUUUACAACCAUCUAUCGUGAUAAAAUAAAGAAAAGAUAUAUAUUUUGUUAAAAAAAAGCAACAAAAUUAACAAAAACUUUAUUAAAUUAAAUAUUUUAAUGUUUUAAUGGUAAUCUAACUUAUUUUUCUUUAUAAUCCAUACAUUUUAAAAUUCAAGUAUCAACAUUAGAAGUUUUAAUUUCCUUUACAAGAGUUUCGAAUGAGUGGAUGUUGAAUAUUAUAAAUUAUUUAAUGGCUAAAACAUAGUCAUUGUUCUUUUUUUUACAGAGUGGGGAAGAGUGUUUCUGCGGAAAUAAAAUAAGGCAUUGUAAAAAGACAGCACAUUGUACCUACAAAUGUAGAGGUAACCCGGAUGAAUACUGUGGUGGUGAUUGGCAAAUUAUGAUAUACGUCACAAAGUCAUAUGAAAAUACGUCGACAACAUCAUCUACAGAAAUUAGUGCGAGUACACAUCACGUGACUGAGACUAGCAAAAGUACCAGUUCACAGUCGAGUGUAAGUCCCAUGAUUGAGACUAGCAAAAGUACCAGUCCACAGUCGAGUGUGAAUCACGUGACUGAGACUAGCAAAAGUACCAGUCCACAGUCGAAUGUGAAUCACGUGACUGAGACUAGCAAAAGUACCAGUCCACAGUUGAGUGUGAAUCACGUGACUGAGACUAGGAAAAGUACCAGUACACAGUCAAGUGUGAAUCACGUGACUGAGACUAGCAAAAGUACCAGUUCAAAGUCGAGUGUAAGUCCCAUGAUUGAGACAGGAAGUACCAGUCAAAAGCCAUCAACAAAUCAUGAUACUUUAUCUACACUUAAUCCAGUGAGGAAAACGAACACAGGCGAUGACAAAACUUCUGUUUCCUAUUUGUAUAUUUUAUUGCCAGUGGGAAUUAUCGUUAUAGCGGUGAUAUUGGUUAUUAUUAUUUAUAAGAGGCGGCUCCGUUGUAAGAAAGAUUCCGAUCCAGUAGCUUCAAAUAGUGUGGUGUACGCUGCACCACACAGCACGGCAUACCUUACUGCUGUACAUGAAACCGAAUCUGAGCAUACAAACGCAAUGAGGUCUGGAUAUGUUAAUGAUGCCAACACUGGUAAUGAAGUUAACGACAGAGCUGGAAAUUACACGGAAGAAUCGGAUGAUUUUAAUGUGAUCAAUCUCAGAUCAAAUAAUAAGACUAUUCACAAUGAUUCAAAUGCUCGCCAGGUGACAGUAAUACGAUCUACAAUAAACUAA